UAGUUAAGCACAUAUUUUAUAGACAUUGUCCUUUAAAAAUGAGCGACAAACGAUCGCCGUAGUUUAGUCGUUGCAUUUGCUUCGAGAAAAGCGUACACGAAAUAACAAAAUGCAUUACGGUGUCUUUUGGCUAUGCACAGGGUUGCUAUUACUUGCUGGUGGACAGAUAACAGAGGCCGCGAUAAGGCGUACUUUUUAUCACAACGAUGCGAACCCCGGCAUGUGCACGGUCAGUGAGGAAGCUAUUCUUUUACCAGGUGAAACGGCAUAUGCGACAAACUUUUGUGCGCGAAUUACUUGUGAAAAUGAAGAUGGUCUUUCCGUAGUUACUAGUUGUGAUGAACAGGCGCCAUUUGAAGGUUGCACAUUUGGCUUUUAUAAGGAUCAGAACGCACCGUAUCCGCAAUGUUGUGAACGCAACCAGGUCUGCGCAUAGAAAACAAAGUAAUAACAAUGGCAUCAAGUUGAUAUUUGGUUAUUCAAAUGUAAAGUUUAUUUAAUAAAGUGAUUUUAUUUUUCGGGUUUAUUGUA